GUCCCCUGGCUCUGACUGGCUGCUGCCGCGGCUGCGGGCGUUGAUUGGUUGUGCUGCUGCCUGGCGCUGCUGGGAAAUGUAGUUUUUUUUAUCCAGGCGGCGCGGAUUGGUCACGGCAGCCGGCAAGAUGGCGGCGCCCAGGCAGCAGCGCUGAGCGCGGUCGGGACGAGGUUGCUAUGUCGUCUGUCGCGAUGUGGCGCGGCUGUCGCCGGCUGUGCUGGGCCUACUCUCCGCCCGCUCGGCUCCCCCAACCGCCUCCUGCAGCUGCCGGGAGCGGCCCGGUGGAGCCAUGCGGGCGCCGGGCCUAUGCCCCGCCGGCAGAGAGGAAGAGGUUCUACCAGAGUGUGAGCAUCUCACAAGGGGAAGGAGGCUUUGAAAUAAACCUGGACCACCGAAAGCUGAAAACACCCCAGGCCAAGCUCUUCACUGUCCCCAGCGAGGCCUUGGCCAUUGCAGUGGCAACGGAGUGGGAUUCCCAGAAAGACACCAUCAAGUUCUACACAAUGCACCUGACCACUCUGUGCAACACGGCGCUGGACAAUCCCACGCAGAGAAACAAAACGCAGCUGAUCCGGGCAGCAGUGAAGUUCCUGGAGACAGACACAGUCUGCUAUCGUGUGGAGGAGCCUCCAGCCUUGGCAGAACUACAGAAGAAUGAAUGGGAUCCUGUGGUCGCCUGGGCUGAGCAAAGGUACAACGUGACAAUCGGCUCCUCGACCAGCAUCCUGGGGCCAAACAUUCCAGCCAGCACCAAGGAGACCUUUGUCAGCCAUCUGGCAUCCUACAACAUGUGGGCCCUGCAAGGUAUAGAAUUUGUAAUCACCCAGCUGAAAUCGCUGAUUCUGUCCAUGAGCCUGAUUGACAGGCACAUUACAGUAGAGAAAGCUGUGCUUCUGUCUCGCCUGGAGGAAGAAUACCAGAUUCGGCGCUGGGGCAACGUGGAGUGGGCCCACGACUAUGACCUGUGUGAGCUGCGCGCUCGCACAGCAGCUGGGACUCUCUUUGUUCACCUCUGCUCAGAGAGCUCCACUGUAAAACACAAGCUGUUGCAGGACUGAGGCAGCUGGGCAGGGCACGGCACAGAAAGAAAAUGUCCAGCUGGGAUUUGCUGGCCUGACCCAGUGGAUGGUAGCCGCCUUCCUGCCAUUCCACUUUUCCUGGGAUCAGCUUCAUGUGCUGUGGUUUUGUGGGCAGCUCUUCACUUGGAUUGCCUGCUGCAGUGCAGCACACAAGGAGGAAAGGUCAAGGUGAGUUUCCUCUGAAUCCCCAAGCCAGCAGUUCCAGCCUUUCCUGGUGUCUGUAACUCAUCAGAGGAGCUCCACAGAAGAAACAGCUUCCUGGGCAGGGCACGGCACAGACAUACCCAGCAUAUGCCACAUGUCUUCAUAGCUGCCAGCUCCUGACACACACUUGUUAUGGAAAUCUGAAAACAGACUCCACUGCAUCUGUUGUUCAUCCCUCGGCGUGCCUGUCUGUAACACCAGGGUCUCUGUGUUCCAUUAAAGACUCGCCCCUGUGAGG